CCAGAAAAGACGGAGCUCCAGGACGAAGCUGCAACUUCAGCAGGAAACACGCACCGAAACCCGAACAGGACUCCCCAGACCUGUGUCCAUGUUCCUGCCCGCUCUGUUACCACCGGGGAAGCUGAGGGGGUUUUGGGAUUGUGGUACACACUGACCAAUGAGAAAGUUUUUAUCAGCUCCAAAGCCCACCGGCUCAGCUGAGAUGCCCUCAAGAGAAGUGAUGCGUGGAUGACGGUGUGAGCCAGAGGAAUUCAAAUCUCGGGCCAAGAUAUCCUCACACGGAUCCAAAAAAAGAAGCCUAUUCUGGUUUACUCGCAAAAAACGUGCAGCCUGCCUCCGUCAAGCCGUCACGAUGCUGAUGCCGGGACCUCUGUGGUUGUGCCUGCUCCUGAUGUGGGUGGGAUGCUGCUAUGCCCACAGCCUGUUUACCUGCGAGCCUAUCAAGGUGCACCGGUGCCUGGGGAUGCCCUACAACAUGACCUUCUUCCCCAAUAUGAUGGAGCACUACGACCAGGACAUUGCAGCUAGUAACAUGGAGCCAUUCAUGCCCCUGGCAAACCUGCGCUGCUCUCCGGACGUCCACCACUUCCUUUGCCAAGCCUUCGUCCCGGCGUGCACCGAGGACAACAAGGUGAUCCGUCCUUGCAGAGAGCAGUGCGAGACUGUCCUGUCCGACUGCAAAGAGAACAUCCGCAUCUUCGGUGUCACCUGGCCUCCAGAGCUGCAGUGUGACAAACUGGACCCAUGUUAUUCCCCCGACGGUUUUUUCGUUCCUGCAACCACUCCGAUGAUCUCCCCCUCAGCUAAGAGAGACCUUGGCUUCUGGUGCCCGCUGCAGUUGAAGACCACUCCAGGUCACGGCUCCUCCUUCCUCGGUGCUCAGGACUGUGCCCCACCCUGCUCCAACAUGUACUUCAAACCCCACGACAUAGAAUUUGCGAAGACCUUCAUCGGCGUGUGCUCCAUCAUCUGCCUGGGCGCCACGCUGUUCACCUUUCUCACUUUCCUCAUCGACGUCAAGCGCUUCCGUUACCCCGAGCGGCCCAUCAUCUUCUACGCCGUCUGCUACAGCUUCGUGUCGCUCAUCUACUUCAUCGGCUUCCUGCUGGGGAACAAUGCAGCCUGCACUAAAGCCACCGCUCCCAGCAGUGUGGACACUGUCGUGAUGGGCUCUCAGAGCAAAGGCUGCACGCUGCUUUUCAUGCUCCUCUACUUCUUUUCCAUCGCUGGGAUUGUCUGGUGGGUCAUACUCACCAUCACCUGGUUCCUGGCCGCAGGACCGAAAUGGAGCUGUGAGGCCAUUGAGAAGAAGGCGGUGUGGUUUCACUCUGCUGCCUGGGGGAUCCCCGGGUCUCUCACUGUCAUGCUGCUGGCUCUGAACAAAGUCGAAGGGGACAACAUCAGCGGAGUCUGCUUCGUUGGGCUCUACGACCUGGACGCCCUGCGCUACUUCGUCCUGGCUCCGCUGUGCGUGGGAGUCAUAGUCGGGCUCUUUCUGAUCCUGGCAGGGAUUGUUUCUCUCAACCAUGUCCGGCAGGUGAUCCAGCACGACGAGCGCAACCAGGAGAAACUCAAGAAGUUCAUGAUCCGCAUCGGUGUAUUCAGCUGCCUCUACCUGGUGCCACUUGUCACACUGUUAGCCUGCUACACCUACGAACAGAGCCACCGCAGCACCUGGGAGAACACCUGGAUCAACGAUCGCUGUCAGGAGUACAGCAUCCCCUGUUCCUAUAAGACGACAGAGCACGACCGCCCUGACCUCACACUCUUCCUGGUCAAAUAUCUGAUGACGCUGGUGGUUGGAAUAUCUGCUGUGUUCUGGGUCACCAGCAAAAAGACCUGCUCUCAGUGGGCCUACUUCUUCAACAGGACUCGCAAGAGAGAUCCCAUCAGCGAGAGCCGGCGAGUGCUGCAGGAGUCCUGCGAGUUCUUCCUCAAGCACAACAACCGCGUGCAGCACAAGAAGCAGCACUACAAGCCCAGCUCCCACAAGCUCAAGGUCAUCUCCAAGUCCAUGGGCACAAGCACCGGCGUCAUGCCCACCAACGCCUCCACCGCCACCAACCAGGGCACCUUCGCAACGGGCAACCACGAAGCCCACGUGCCAGACCACCUGGACAGAGGCACCUCCAGCCGGAGCUCCAGGAGGGAGGGGGGAGAGCGACGCAGCAAAGGGGGGAGUUCCAGCAAGGUCAGCAGCCGCUCGGGGAGCGUGCACAGAGUCGCAGAUGGGAGGAUGACUCCGAGGAACGAGCUGUCAGAUGCCAGGCAAAUUCCCACUGGACCGCAGCUGCAGCAUCCCGCUUUAACUCCACCCCACACCAGCAGCAUAGAGGACUCGGCCCACCAGACGCUGCACAAGGUGCCAGAGGAGAGCAGGGAGCCAAAGGACAGCAGCUGCUGAGACACCGGGGCGUCCCGCAAAAUCCAUCACUUCAUCCAUUCAUCCGUCCUCCGUGACGCUUUCACUGAAGCCAGGCUCGUCUGCUGAUUGAUGAACCUUUUUGUGGCAUCAUAAGUUACACCGUAUAGAAAACAGCAUGAAUCCAGUAUUACUAAGUAGGUUUUAGUGUUAGACAAUCCAUCCAGCUGUAUCACCACCACCCAUAGACCUUUAUUUACAAAGCAUGCAUCGGGCUGACUGUGUUCUAUAUGUAGUUGAAAGAGAUGUAACGCAUGCUUGUAAACAAAUACUAUAUUUUUGUAAAUGUGUUGUUUUUACUGGAGAAAGCCUCUCACUGGAUAAGUCGUUACACUGGGGGUUUUGUUGGAACGGUUCACAAUGUUGCCAAAAAUUCAGCUCCAGGAGGUCGUCCUGUGGUGAACUCUUUCUCAAAGUCUUAUUGUUCCUCCUACAGAGACGUGCAUCACGUGCCACUUUUCCUUCUCCUCUGACAAAAGGCACAAUCUUCAACUUGAUAUAGUGGAGUCACAGAGAAUGAUGAAUAUGUGAUUUUUCUUGAUAAAGUUUGAAGUUUUUUAGAUUUUUUUUUUUUCUUUCUUUUUUACUUUGAGUUUUGCUGCACUGUCUUCAAAGAUGUAUCCUGACAGUCUGGGUCAUGUAUGGCUUUGUAGUGUCUUAAAGGAAUGCACCUCCGCUUCAAAGGUCUUCAAGUGAAAAGAAGUCCACAGAUGUUUCACAUGUGUCAUGCUGUACUUCCACUCCUUCAGCCCAUAUUGCAAAUCAAACAGGCUUUGCACUACGUGUCACUGAAAGCACAAACCACUAGUUCUUAAUCAUUCAUGAAUAUAAUUGAGGAUUGGGAGGUUGUCUGGGGGUUAUUUAUAACAUGUGGAUCACAGACCUCAUAACUCAAAUUCUAAUACUUUCAGAACAUCUUCUGGGAUCGAUUUGAAAAGUGUCUUGUUGCUCUGUCUCUUUUAGCAUCCAUUUAUUGACCUUUUUUUAUAUCUAUAUUUUCAAAUGUCGGCACAAUUCCAAUAGGAUGAAGUAAAAGGGAAUCAUUGACUGCUUAUAUUUUUAUAGUCCAUCUAUGUGGAGAGAGAGUUUGAUUAUGACGUACCUAGAUCUAGUGUGCAGUUCUGUAAAUGCUCGAUUAAAAGUGGUUUUCAAAGUGUGGGGUGGGUCUCCCCUGGAGGGCGCCAGAGGGCUUCAAUGGGGGACACAACUGAAGGAAAAAUCUUGAGUGCAGGGGGCUUCCUUCUCCAAGCAGAAUUAAAAGAAAAAAUGAUCUUGAUUGUUAAGGGAUAAUAGUUUUUCAUAAAGCUUCAUUAUAUUAAAACACGUCUUCAGACGUGAAAUUAAUAGCAGUGUAAUAGAGAUGUGAUAGUGCAGUGGGGUUAGUUUUGAAUUUGGUGUGAAAUGGGUAAGUCAACGGUGUUAAGUUUCAGGUGAGAUGAAAACUAUAGACUCAGUGAUUAGUAGAGAGAAGUGAAAUGACAGAAUCUACUUCAGUGUAAAACCACAACAGUUAAAGUCUGGGGGUGAAGGGGAUGCCUUUUCCCAGGAUCAUGUGCUUUUUGCUGUUUGUUUGUUUUUUUUAAACCUUUGUGAAAAAGUUGCAGACUAUGUAAAAACACAUGUUCUUUCUGGCAUGAGAUUUUUUUCCAAACUGAAAGGGGGAAACUCACCCUCCCACACUUUGAAACGUCUUGAUUCAUCCCCCUCUGUGAGACCUUUAUGUUGUAUUUUUUUUUUUUUAAGUUAGCUUUACUUUCCAAAAAGAAAAAACAAAAAACAAUGUAACA